GCGUGCACCUGCCAUUGCUCUUGGAGUGGCAUUGACGCCUGGCUUAGCUGCCCGCGUACGUGCCUGGCUGCCUGCCGGCGCCAAUCCUUGUUAUGAUUGUAUCUCGCAGCCAUUGCAGCUUUCUCCCAGAGUCCUAACCAAACAGCACCCCUCCUCUGAUCUCCCACCAUCGAUCCAUCCCGUCCGGCCCCUUGAAAUGGUUUGAUGCCUGCCGCCAUGCCCAGUCCAUCCCGACGCCUCCUGCUCUGCCUCCUCUUGAUCGCGUCCUUCGCCGGUCUCCUCUUCUUGAUCACCAGCAACGGAGAGAGGACGAAGGAGGCCGGCAAUGGCGAGGCGAAGUUCAGAGUGCUGCGUGGUCUUAACACUCUCGGCCUGAAGCAGAAGCAGCGCCAUGGCCAUGGAGUCUCUCCGGCGCCGGCGCCGGCUCGUGCUCACCUGCCUCUGCUACACAAGGACGCGCGGCUGCCGGUGCCCGGGAAAGUCGCCCACGAGCACGAGAGGGGGAAUGCCACGGCGCCGAGGCAGAGCCCGACGCGGCACGGCGGGGGUGGUGACGGCGAGCGCGGGAGCAAGAAGAAAAGCAUGCAGCUGGUCGUCGUCGCCGCGGCGGCCGCGCUGUCGGGGGCGGCGCUGGUUCUCCUCGCCGCCCUGGUGGUGUUCCUGACGUGCAGGAGGUUUCAGGGGAAGCGCGGGGGCGCCGACCUGAACGCCGGCACCAACAAGGUGAGCUUCGAGCCAGGCCCGGGCAUGUUCUAUCUGGACGCCAUCAAGCCGUACCUCGACGACGCCGGGCGCGAAGGUGGGGGGAAGGCGGCGCCGGGGAUGGCCGGGCCCAAGGAGGAGGAGCCGAAGUGCGAUGACGAGGAAGGCGGCGGAGCUUGCUCCGACGAUGGUGCCGGGUCGGUCCACUCCUCGUGCUGCUUCCAUUCGUCGCACUUCUCCUACUCCGAGCUCACCAAGAGCGGCCAGGCAGACGGCGUGUCGCCGUCGCCUUCCGUCCGGUCGAAGCGGUGGGGCUCUGCCCCGGCGACGCCAUUGGAUAAGAGCAAGGCUGCGCGUCCAUAUUCGCCGCUGGGCCCGCGCACGCCGAGCAGUGAGGAUCGGGGGCGCCGCGCGCAGUCCCCGAGCUCUUCGGCGUCCGUGCUGACAUCGCAGUCGCUCAACGAUCACGAGCUACGGGGAACUGCUCAGUCCGUCAGGUCUCUAAGAUUUCAGAGCAGCAGCGCGUGCCAUGCAAAAGAAGCAGAAGCAGUGGCGGACACCAUGAGCUCGGACGCCGCAAGUAGCAAAACAGUGCCGCCGCCGCCACCACCACCUCCGCCACCGGUGAUGGUAAAACAGCAGCAGAACGUCCAUCCAAGUUGUGGUGGUCCGGCCGUGCCCCCACCGCCGCCGCCGCCGCCGCCGCCGCUGAUAGUGCCACAACGACAGAACGUCCAGACAAGUACCGGUGGUCCGGCCGUCGCCCCACCGCCGCCGCCGCCGCCUCCACUGCUAGUACCGCAACGGCAGAAUGGUCAGAGGAGCGGUGGCCCCGCCCUCCCGGCGCCGCCGGUUCUGUUCAGGCAGGGCGCGGCCGUGGGCAAGAACGGCGCGGCGCUGCCCAAGCUGAAGCCCCUGCACUGGGACAAGGUGCGCGCCGCGCCCAACCGGCGGAUGGUGUGGGACAGGAUCCGGUCCAGCUCGUUCGAACUGGACGAGCAGAUGAUCGAGUCGCUGUUCGGGUACAACGCCGGCGCUCGGUGCUCGGCGAAGCACGAGGAGGCCCAGAGCCGGAGCCCCUCGCUGGGGCACCACGUCCUGGACCCCAAGAGGCUGCAGAACAUCACCAUCCUGAUGAAGGCCGUUAACGCCAGCGCCGAGCAAAUCUACGCCGCCCUGCUGCAAGGGAACGGCCUGGCCGUGCAGCAGCUGGAGGCUCUGAUCAAGAUGGCGCCGACCAAGGACGAGGUCGAGAAGCUGGAAGGCUACGACGGCGACGUCGGCAGCCUGGUCGCCGCCGAGAGGCUCGUCAAGGUGGUGCUCACGAUACCGUGCGCGUUCGCGCGCGUCGAGGCCAUGCUCUACCGGGAGACCUUCGCCGACGAAGUCAGCCACAUCAGGAAGUCGUUCGCGAUGCUCGAGGACGCGUGCCGGGAGCUGAUGUCGAGCAAGCUGUUCCUGAAGCUGCUGGAGGCCGUGCUCAAGACCGGGAACCGGAUGAACGUCGGGACGGCGCGGGGCGGCGCCAUGGCGUUCAAGCUCGACACGCUGCUCAAGCUCGCCGACGUCAAGGGCACCGACGGAAAGACCACGCUGCUGCACUUCGUGGUCCAAGAGAUGAUCCGGUCACAGAAGCCCCCGGCGCGCACGGCGGAGGCGCCGGACAUCGUGACGGGGCUCGCCGCCGAGCUCACCAACGUCAGGAAGACGGCGACGGUCGACCUGGACGUGCUCACCACCUCCGUGUCCAGCCUCUCGCACGGCCUGUCCCGGAUCAGGGCGCUGGUGGGGACGGACGACCUGGCCGGCGACGAGAGGGGCCGGUGCUUCGUGGCCUUCAUGGCACCCUUCGUGGCGCAGGCCGAGGAGGUGAUCCAGGAGCUGGAGGACGGCGAGCGCCGGGUCCUGGCGCACGUCAGGGACAUCACCGAGUACUACCACGGCGACGUCGGCAAGGAGGAGGCCAGCCCGCUCAGGAUCUUCGUCAUCGUCAGGGACUUCUUGGCGAUGCUGGAGAGGGUGUGCAAGGAGGUGAGGGGAGCCAACAGGAGUUGCCACGGAUCAAACGGUGCCCUGAGCAAUGUGUGACCGAUACUGCGAGAACGGGGAGGGAACAACACUGUAAUUCUUGGUUUUGCGUUGUUCUUGAUCUAGUGAGGUUUAGAAUGAAUUCGUUGUAGAUCUACGUUUCCGUGUGCAUUCGUGUGAAUUCGUGCAUUUCCGUGUUACUCA